GAGAGAGAGAAAAAGAGUGCCACAGAGGAGCAGAGAUAUAAUGGAACACCAAAGGGAAGAGUGUGUGGAGAGUGGGUUGGAAUCAGAAGUUGAAAAGUUGAGUUUAGAAGGGAAGAAGAAGAUAAAAGAAGAAGAAGAAGAAGAAGUGUCAGUGGAAAGGAUUUUUGAGAACAUUGAAGUGCCCUCGUGGAAGAAACAGCUGACAAUAAAGGCAUUCGCAGUGAGCUUCAUAUUAUCAGUGAUGUUCAGCGUCAUAGUGAUGAAGCUCAGCCUCACCACCGGUAUCAUACCGUCAGUCAACGUCUCGGCCGGAGUCUUAGGGUUCUUCUUCGUCAAGACUUGGACCAAGUUGCUCCAUAGAACUGGCAUGUUGAAGCAGCCCUUCACCCGUCAAGAGAACACUGUUAUUCAGACCUGUGUAGUUGCCGCCUAUGGCAUUGCCUACAGCGCUGACUGA